AUGCACUCCUCACACCGCACAAUCCUCGCCGCCAAGGCCCUCCUCCUUGCCAACUUGGCUGCUGCUCAAACAAAUCCAAAUGCCCAGGGAGCAUGUUCACCUACAACAGGUGGCUCUGGCGCCUGUGGUCCCAACGGUUCACAGGCGUGGCUCAACACCGGUGUCCAGGGCAAUGGCUGGGAGCCUCCGUUCCUCGACAUCAACAGCCUCACACACAUCUCGCUGGAUGACUACUACAACGGCGUAGGCCAGCCUUGCCAGCAGUACGACCAGUACUUCAAGAGCUCAGGCUCCAAAUACAACAUCGACCCUGCCAUCCUGGCCUUCAUUGCCAUGCAGGAGUCUUCUUGCAAUGCCGAUGCUGGAGGCUCAACGCCCGGGCUGAUGCAGUGCGACCCGUCCAACUGCCAGAACGGCCAAAGCAGCUGCCAGUACCCCAUCCAGGAUAAUGUCGACUGCGGAGCUUGGGUCCUGCGUUCGGCUCUGGAUAACACCGGUGGCAACGCUGUCCAUGCGCUGGGCUCGUAUAACGGGUGGUUCACGGCCAGUGACGGCACGGGUCUGAAUGGUGGAAAGGGCUUGACAGAGGGCUAUCCUUGCUCUUCCGAAGGCAAGGCACAUGGUGACCCGCAGAACUUGAACUAUCUCCACGAGACGCUGAAUGGAUGGUUCUUGGGUUACGACAUGUAUGGGUCGGACGCCGAUUUGGACGGAGAAUACAACUGCUCGCAGAGCUGCAGCAAUGGCAGCAUUUGCUAG